AUGGUAUGGCUUGCUUGAGAGAAAUUUACUAAUUGCUAGGGCUAGCUUCCAUCUUCAAAUCCUUGUUGUUUUGAGAGAGAGAGAACACAAAAAAUAGACAUGGGCUUGUUUUCCACUGACAAUCCUGGUGCUUUUGCAUUUGGUCUUCUAGGCAAUAUCACUUCUUUUGUGGUUUUUCUAGCUCCCAUACCAACAUUUAUAAGGGUUUGUAAGAAGAAAUCAACAGAAGGGUUCCAAUCAUUCCCAUAUUUGGUGUCUCUAUUCAGUGCUUCGAUUUUGCUAUACUAUGCUACUCUCAAGACCGAUGGUUUCUUUCUCAUGACUAUCAACUCAUUCGGUUGUUUCAUAGAGACCAUUUACAUUGCCCUCUUCAUCGUUUAUGCACCAAAGCAAGCCAGGAUGUCCACUCUGAGGAUACUUCUUUUGUUUGACUUUGGUGGAUUCUGCUUGAUUCUUCUUCUAUCCCAUUUUCUUGCAAAAGGACCAUCGGCUCGGAUUCAAAUGCUUGGAUGGGUCAAUGUAGUAUUUUCUUUUGCUGUAUUUGCAGCACCUUUAAGUAUUAUGAGGGUUGUCAUAAAAACCAAAAGUGUGGAGUUCCUGCCAUUUCCACUGUCAUUCUUUCUCACACUCAGUGCCAUUAUGUGGCUCUUUUAUGGAAUACUAGUAAAGGACUUGUAUAUUGCGGGACCGAACGUGUUGGGAUUUCUAUGUGGGGUGGUUCAGAUGAUUUUGUUCGUAAUUUACAGGAAUCACAAGCCAGCGACAGUAGCCAAGGACCCUGAGUUACAGCAGAAUAGCGUGGAUGAUAUAAAAUUGGAGAGUAUUACUUGCGAGAUGCAAGAAGCUGUAUGCUCGGCCCAGCAGCAGCAGCAGCUGCAGCCAAAUCGGAAUGAUGUAAACAACGAAGAGAACAUGGCCAUGGCUAAUAUUGGUGGAACUGGAGGCCAGCUUAUUGCAUGUCAUGCUUGAUUAAUUAACAUCUACUAGCUACGCCUUAAUUAAUUAACUCCUCCCUGUCCGUGUGUUCAUGUUUAUGUCAUUUUAUAAGAUAGCUUCCUAUCUUUAAAUAGCUCUCUCUCUCUCUCUCUCUCUCUCUACUACGUUAUGUAAAGUUUGUAAGUGAAGGAUUAGCAUCUAUAUAUAUAUAUAUAUAUCUGAGUGUGUCUUAUAUAUAUAGAGACAGUCUUCCAUGUAUUUAUGUAUCUUUCUGUAAGCAAAAACAGGGAUGGA